UAAGUCAUUAGCUUCAGCGUCUUGGAGAUAACAUGUUGGAAAUCGCCUUCCUUCUUGCUAUUGGAGCUGUAGUGGCCCCUUUGGCCAACUCCUUUGGAUUGGCCCCUGUGGUAAAGAUCGACAGUGGCCAAGUUCGAGGCUACACUGGAGUMGUAAACAACACUGGYGGGCUYRMAGUCAGAGGAUACCUUGGUAUUCCGUUUGCACAGGCAAAACGAUUUGAGGCCCCAGAGCCUCCCAAAUCAUGGAGUGAUAUUAAAAACGUGAUGGCARUGGGMAAAGUCUGCCCACAAGCSAUWGGUCCGMUUGGUGCCCCAUCAGUGGCAGACGUCAGCGAAGAUUGUUUAAACCUCAACGUAUUUCUUCCGGACAACAUAACGAGCUCUGACCGUUUGCCCGUUAUGGUGUGGAUCUACGGCGGUGGGUUUACUGUGGGYUCMAAUCGUAUAUAUGAUGGUAGCUUCCUCGCAACACUUGGUAAAGUAGUCGUUGUAGUCAUCAACUAUCGGGUGUCGGUCUUCGGGUUUUUAACCAAUGGUAAAGACGGUGAUAUCAAGGGUAACUAUGGUAUGUUGGAUCAGGUUGAGGCACUGAAAUGGGUCMAGAAAAACAUCGCAGCGUUUAAUGGUGACCCCAAUCAAGUUACCAUAUUUGGAGAGUCUGCUGGGGGUGCCAGUGUAUCUUUGCUGUUGUUAUCAAAGCUUACCAAGGGACUUUUUCAACGAGCUAUUCCACAAUCUGGAGAUGCAUCAGCUGGCUGGGCUAGUGGAACCUAUGAGAGCCGUACCAAAUCAAUGAAGUUAUUUGCUGACAAAGUUGGAUGUCACGAUGAUCUUAGAAAACUACGAGAUUGCUUGAAGCUCAAGGACGUCAUGGAAAUCAUAAAUCCAUCUAUUACAAUUCCUGGAUGGCUUCCUGUCAUCGAUGGUCAUUUUCUUCAUGAUGACCCAAUGGUCCUGUACAAAAAAGGAGACUUCGAGAAAUACAACAUUAUGAUGGGUGUGACAAACGACGAAGGAACAGUCGCUACCAAUGCUGCUGGAGCUUUGGGUGCAGGUUUAAACGUAACCAAUGGUGUUUCAAGAAAAACUUUCCUCGCCUUACUCAGACUAGGAGGAUUGAAUUCUGUAAUACCAGAUCCAAAAUCGGUUUUGAUAAAUGCUACCAUCCACCAAUACACUGACUAUAACAACGUAUCAAGCCCCAUCACAAAUCGUCGUAUGUACGUGGAUAUGAUGGGUGACAUAGGAUUUGUGGCUCCUGCUAUAAGGGGUGCCAAUGCAUAUGCUAAGAAGAAAGCACCAACCUAUUUCUACUCUUUUGAUCAUCGCUAUGGUGAUGAUAUCAUGGGUUUCAAAGUUGCACCUUGGGUGAGGGCUUAUCAUGGAGCAGAUGUCACCUUUGUAUUUGGAGUUCCGCUUUUGAAUAGCUCAACGACACCGACGGACGUAAAUUUUACUCUUGACAUUAUUAAAUUAUGGACUAAUUUCGUUAAAUCAGGAGAUCCAAACAAACCAGAUAGUUUGGGCGUUACUUGGCCUGCAUACACGCUGGAGGAACAGAAAUACAUGUCAUUGAAACCCAACAUGGCGGUCAACAGUCACCUUCGUAGUGAUUAUAUGUCAUUCUGGAACUGGUUCAUUCCCGAAGGUCUCCGUGCGAACGCGAAACCUGGACCGUGUCCUACAUGCAAACCGCUUGCGUGUGGUAGAGCUGAAGACAGAAAGGUUACAGCUGGCUUGGUUCUUUUGUUAUCAUUGCUUUAUAUCUGGUUUUAAGUGUACACUACAAUGAUCACGUUUUUCUUACUCCGGCGCUUAACGAUUAGAAUAUAAUGCUUAUGAAACUAACUGUUCGUCAUUGUGAGAUAUYGUACAUUCACUUUGAAUUGUUAGUGAUACACUACCUUGAGCUUUUCUCCCUGUCAGUUUGAGAGACGUUUUCAAGGGCGGUUAAAGAGUAGAAAUACUAGUUGCAAGCUGUGUGCAUUUUUCUUCAAUACGCGAGACRUAUCAAAGCAAUGCAGUAAGUGCAAUACAGUCAACACUCGCUAUUACGGACACCCUCGGACCGUUAUUUAGUGUCCGCAGUAACGAAAGUACGUAAUAACGAGAGUUACUUUCAGUCAUUUCUUUGUAUUUUUCGCCGGGKAUUYAGUAUUUUACUGUCCGCAAUACCGAGGUGUCCGUUGUAACGGGGUAUCCGCAAGGUGAGAGUUGACUGGAAAGGUUUUAACUUAAUAAAGUUCACUCGCUCUCUGAAUGACAUCAUAACUUGGCUAUCAUGGCCAAAAUCAUCAUGAUCAUUCUCUUCGCGUCAGGAGGCACAUAAGACCAUAAUGAUCAAUGUACACACCGCUAMGUGUAGAUAUUUGUCUUUUAAUCAUUAUUAUCCCGUGUAGUUUAUUGUUUAUAUAUUUGUAACAAGUGUAUUUACGUAAUUCAGCUCCCAAGUUUAUCUUAGCAUCUGCAAUGUUAUUUUGUUUUAAUAAAGUUCUAUAAAGUUCUUUAUAAAGCUCUGGGCGGUAUGUCAUAUUUACAUAUGAACGAGAAACACCAACAGUAGAGCGGAUUUCGUAUGAGUGGGAAACCGUUACCGCACGGUUACCGCACAGUUACCGGACCUGGCCUUCACAAUUUUGGCGAACCAAAGGGGCACUAGAAUUUGGUUACAGUACGAUUACGGUCACAGUACAGUACCGUCCGUUUCCCACUCAUACGAAAUCCGCUCUAGUAUCAGUGCACACAAAUAACUCCAAAUCUGUUUUCUUGACAUUGCUUAGAAUCAAGAGCUGCAUCUCUUAAUUUAUAUCUUUCAUCAUAUCUCUCUCCAACUGAGUGUCUGAGGUUCAUCUUUAGCGGUACAGUUUAACACUACAAUGAUGGUUAAUGAUGGUUUGACAUCAAACAC